AGGGGGUUUUUAAUUUUUAUGGUGGUGACUGGUGAUUGGCAUGUCUCAGAUAAUUUAAUAAUGGAAUGGUGAGGCAAAGCAAAGGAGAGAGAGAGAGAAAGAGAUGGGUAGUAGUAGUAGGGAAGAGAAAAACGUGUUUUCGGAACUGACCGACGACAUCGUUUUGAACAUCUUCUUCAACCUGGAAGAGGAUCCUCGCCACUGGGCACGCCUGGCCUGCGUCUGCACCAAAUUCUCCGCCCUCAUCCGGGACUUCUGCUGGAAGACCAAGUGCUCCGGCACCAUCCCCUCCGACCUCCUCUCCGCCGCAGAUCCCCCUCUCUCCCUCCACAAGCUCUCCGUCUGCUGCCCCGGCCUCCGCCACGCCGGCCUCCUCUUCGACACCUCCGAUUUCGGCCUGGAACGCGACCUCGGCCCCGACACUCCCUCUCCCUCUCCCUCUCCCUCCGACCCUCCGCCACCGCCCGCACCUCCUCAGUCGCACGAUUCCAACUCCUCCUGCUGGUCCCUCUUCGAUGACCUCUACUACGACACGCUCUACGACGCCUCCGAGUCCGAUGCGCCGCGAUUCGCGGAAACGGUUAGCGAGGGCGUGGUUUCCGUGGGCGCGUGCAAGAGGCGGAAGGUGUCCCGCGCGUGGAGGUCGCACCUGGCGUCGGGGAGCUGGAGCCUGAGCCGCGAGCAGGGGAGCAAGCUCCUGGCGCGGCAGUUCCGCGACGACUGCCUGUACGUGUGCGACUGGCCCGGCUGCGUCCACAAGGAGGAGAAGCGCAAGUACCGCCUCUUCCGAGGGGUUUUCAAGAACUUCAAGCGCACUAGGGUUUGGAGAACCAUUCACGAUGGUAACAAGAUGAAGCUUGAUUUGCCCUGCGCCUUUUGUGCCUGCAUGUUCACCUGGGAUCUCCACUCCGCCUUUUGCUUGAGGCGCGGCUUUGGCUUCCACGACGACGGCGAGCCUGUCGUUCGGGCUUACGUUUGUGAGAACGGUCACGUUUCCGGCGCCUGGACCGAUGUUCCCUUGUACACUUAAUUUCCAUUCCAUUUUUAUGUAUUUUUCGUCUACUUUCCAUCUUCACUACUUGUUCUUUUCUUCAUUAUUUUCGAAUAUUAUUACUUUAAAUGUUCACGCGUAUGAGCUCAUUAGUCAUUGCGGAGAUCCACCACUGUGUUGCUAAUGCUCGGACGAUGCCAAUUAUUCGUGAUGUUGUUGUCGGAUAAUCUUCGCACACACUAUCACACCGAAUUCACUCGGACCCUUUUCUCACUUGAACAUCCCUAAUGGUGCUUUUCUUUCGUUUUUUUUUUUAUUGCUUUAUUUGUGCUUUUUACAUGGCUUACAUUAAGACACGUCACUCUUGCUUCUUUA